AUGACCUUUGUGUGUUUUAAACAUGAGUACUCCACGGUUUUUGGUCGCAUGUUGCUCUCCAUGUUGAUUGUGUUCCGCGUUCUCGUCUUUGUCGUGGCUGCGCAGAGUGUGUGGGGCGACGAGGAAGACGGCUUUAAGUGCAACACUGCCCAGCCUGGCUGCAGAAACGUCUGCUACGACUACUUCUUCCCCAUCUCUCAUAUCUGCCUCUAUGCCCUGCAACUCAUCUGUGUCACCUGCCUCUUGCUGCUGGUGGUCGGACACGUCAAGUGGCGCGAGCAGAAGGACCUCAGGGACACCACCAGUCACCACCGCCACCUGUACCCAGGAAAGAGAUGCGGCAGCCUGUGUAUUACCUACCUGCUAAGCCUGAUCCUGAUGGCCGGCUCUGAUGUGGGCUUCCUCUACGUUCUCUACCACGUCUACGACGGCUACGACAUACCCAAGGUGAUCCAAUGCCAAGUUUCACCAUGCCCAGGCAAGGUGGAUUGCUUCAUCUAUCGGCCGACUGAGAAGAAGAUCUUCACACUGUUCAUGGUGGUGUCGGCGUGCGUGUGUUUAGUAGUGUGUCUUUGUGAGAUGGCCUGCCUGUUUGGCAAGAAAAUCAUGCACUUCAUGUGCACUGUCAGAAGACUUGGCGAAUUGGUGCCAACAACAUCCUCCCAGUACCAUGACCAUAGCAGUAGCAACUCAGAGAUGCUUCAGGAACAACAGUGGGACGACCCAACGCUCAACCAAGCACUCGACCAAGCGUUUGGCCCAACAAUAUCCAUGCAGAAUACCAUCGAAUGCAGCAUCCAGUAUCACGGAGAAUCCUCAGAAACACCAGUGGGUUGUCCAAAUGCUCAACAACAAACCCCAACUCCAUAG